UAUUUUGAGCAAGUUGUGACUUGUCCGCACAAACAAGUUGUUAAGUUUUUUUUUUAUUAUCAUCCCGAGCUCUACUGCUCCAAAGUUUUCGAUUCUGUAUUUGCGCAUCCUCCGUCGGGAAUUAUUGUGUUGCACAGAGCAAGUAAUAUAGUAUGUGUUGUGUUUUCAUUUAAAGUGAUAUUUGAGUGUUCAGUGUUGGAUUUAGUGUUUUGAAAUAAAUAACCUGAUGUAUUAUUUCAACUCUAGAACUAGCUGUGAAAAUAAAAUAUUAUUGUGAAUAGGAAUUGGAAGACCAAACAAUGCGAUGGUGUCACAAAAAACACAGAAGAUUCAGAAACCAAAUCAUUUAGCGGCAAUAAUGGACUUGGGGGCCUUGGUAGCCUGUCUGGUAACGUCGUCCUUGUGCAGGACAGCGCUCGCCCAGCCGAUCGAGUGCGAUAGCGACGAUCAAUGUGAAAAAGGUUUCUACUGCGUCACCGAGGCCUUCGCUUGCAGGAAAUGUCUCAGCUGUGAUCAACUGAAACGGGAUCCGCCGCUCGGCUCACCGCCUUGCAUCAAGUCUGUAGCACAGUGUGGAUCUUGCUUUAAAGGGUUGGUAGCGGAUUUGCGGGGGGAUGUGAACUCGGCCUGCGUGUUGCCGGACUCCCGCGGGCAUGAUGCGUUGCCGGCCUAUGUGUGGGUGGCCGUCAGCUUCGGCUUAAUUGUCUUUGUCGUCCUUGCUGUACUCCUCGUGGUCUACGUCUUCCGGAAUAUGUACACCUUCAGAAUAUUGGCCUCGACCCGCACGUCCGUGCAGUCCCCGUACACCGGGAACGGCACGCACGCGAGCGCGCCGGAGCCGCCGCCGCCGUACAACGCGCAGUACACGCCCGUGCGACCGUCUUCACCGCCCGCUGAUGCCGCUAACGAUGAGUCGUGGAGCUUCGUGAAGCGGGCGCCAGCUAACGGGGGCGGUGGGCGCGGGGAACGCGAGUCGGCGGGCAGCCAGGCGGCGCGUGUGUUCAACAAUCCGAGCUACGUGCGCGGACCGCAUCUGAAUAACUUGCCGCCUAGCUACGACACCGGUGCGGGUGAGAGUGAGGAAGAGCGAGGGGGUGUACACGAUGAAGACACUAUGGAGAGCAUGUGGACGCCCGAACCGGACACGCAUGCGUACACGCCAGUAUCAGGCGCAGAAAAUGGUAACACAGGUGUGAGCAACACAAGCGCAGAGCUAUCAAAUCUCCUCGCUGCCGCACGGUCUACCGCUCUGCUGCGCACACCGCACUGCGCGCCCGCGGCACAGGAUUCAAACAACAAUAGAAGUGCCGGCGAGACAAUGAGCAACGGUGAAACUGGAGGCCCUUCCAACACCGGCCCUUCUUUCAUCAUCAACGUAGUACAAAACAUCAACACAGUUCAACAACAGAAUGACGUCACACUUUAACACCUGUGACGUCACGACCUAGUACUGUUGCUUUUAGUAUACGAUAAUCGAUUUGCUCAACGCAACUUUGAGAUUAUAAGCAUUUAUACCGAUGAUUGAGGAUCGUCCCGCAUUUUAUUGCGUUUUUUUAUAGUAAUAUUUGGUGCCUUAGCCCUAGGUUAUGAGAUUCCGCCGAAUUAUAACAUUCUACGUAAUUAUGUUUACGUACUCUGUUAUACCUGUGAUUUAGUUUGUUAUAUUUAUUUUUGUUUUCAAUCCAGUUUCUAAUUCGUUACUUACAUAGCGGUAGUUAUUAAUAUUAGAUAUAUUUUAUGUGCUAUUGAAAUAAAUAAAGUUUUAGGUAGAAAACAAUUUACUGUCAUUUUUGCAUGUAUUUUACUUGUAUGUGUAAGUAUCUAUUGUCUUACAUAUAUUAUAAGUUAACGGAAACUACACAAGAAUAAUAUAAGAUCUUAAAACGGAUAAAUAUUUUGUUUCAUAAAGUACAUGUUUGCUUAAGAAAUAUCAAGUUUUUUUUUCUAUUCAAUAUUAAGUUUGUAAAUAAGAUACCUUCUCAUUAGCAAGUUGGAAAUUAUGAGACGGUAAUACAUAUUAUUAUCCAAAGUUAACAGUUUAUCAGUUUGACAUAUUAAAGUAAAAACAUUUGAAUCAAUUUUUUUUAAUAGGCCUCAGGCCCCGGAACCACAGACACAAUAGAAAAUCUAUUGUGUCGUGGAUCGAUCCGCGAGGGCCGCUU